AUGGGGGGAAGCAUAGAAGGGGAAUGCCAGCGGCUGGAUGAAUCCUCCUUUCGCCUGCUGAAGCAGCCAGGGUGGCAGGAGAAUGGCAGCAGCCAGAUCAGUCCUCGUUUGGCCCCACCAGGACCACCAGGGAGCAGGGAAAUGGCAGCAGCUAGAUCAGUCCUAGUUCAGCCCCACCAGGGCUACUGGGGGCAAGGGGAAUGGCAGCGGCCAGAUCAGUCCUUGAUCAGCCCCACUGGGGCAACCAGAGGCAACCCAAUCCUGGAAGCAGAAGAGAGUGCAAAAGGGCCCUGGAAAGGAGAUGUGUAUAUUCCUUGCACCUAUGGUUCCUUGCAAGGCUACACCCAAGUCUUGGUGAAGUGGCUCAUACAACAUGGCUCAGACCCAGUCACUAUCUUUCUAUGUAACUCUUCUGGAGACCAUAUUCAGCAGGCAAAGCACCAGGGCUGCCUGUGUGUAAGCCAUGAGGUUCCAAGAGAUGUGUCUCUCCAACUGAGUACCCUGGAGAUGGAUGACUUGAAUCAUUACACGUGUCAAGUUACCUGGCAUGCUCCUGAUGUCAAUCAAGUGGUGAAAGAUAAUAUUAUUGAGCUCUGCGUCCAGAAACAUGAGUCACUGAGGUUCCUGUAUCCAAACCCAGUGACAAAUGGCAGUGGUUAUGGCUUCAUGGUGCCCCAGGAAAUGAGGAUUAGCCUUCAAUGCCAGGCUCGGGGUUCUCCCCCCAUAAGUUAUGUUUGGUACAAAGAACAGACUAAUAACCAGAAAUCUACCAAAGUAGUAACCUUAAGUAUCUCACUCUUCAAGCCUGCUGUGGUAUCCAACUUGGUCUCCUAUUUCUGUACUGCCAAGGGCUGGGUUGGUUCUGAGAAGCACAGUGAUACUGUGAAGUUUGUAGUAAGGGACUCAUCAGAGCCACUCAAGACCAAAACUGAGGCAUCAACAUCCAUGAAAUCCUCCUUGGAAGAAAAGGGGUUGCCUAUCUUUGCCAUCAUACUCGUUAUCUCUUUGUGAUGUAUGGGAAUUUUUACCAUGGUUUAUAUUAUGCUCUGCCAGAAGACAUCACAACAAGAGCGUGUCUAUGAAGUUGUCAGGGUGCAUGCCAGGGAGGCCAGCGACUUUGGAGAAACCAUCUUUGCAAAUGGUUGCUCCAGCAAUGAACCAGCUCCCCAGUCUCUGUGCAACAACUACACUGGUGAGCCCUGCUUGGGCCAGGAAUACCAGAUCAUUGCCCAAAUCAAUAGUGACUAUGGCCACCUGCUGCAUACAGUUCCCAUGGAUGAUGAGCUCCUGGUCAUGGAGGGCAAGAGUGUCUGCUGA